CCAUCAGCCAAUUAGAGGAAAAUAUAGUCCUGAGCCCGCCUCCUGCAGAACCACAGGCCAAUCAGACCAAAGAAGGAAAGGGCACUGAAGAAAAAGGCGUGAGAAGCUCGCCCAAUGGCAGCAUCCUAAACUUAGGCUCCGCCUUCCGGUUGACUCGCACCUGGGCCAGGGAAGGAGCCGCCGCACUUCAAGAUGUAUCGCCUGAGCUCGUCCAUGCUGCCACGGGCCUUGGCCCAGGCCAUGCGCACAGGACAUCUUAAUGGUCAAAGCCUUCAUAGCAGUGCUGUGGCAGCAACGUACAAGUAUGUGAAUAUGAAGGAACAGGAGUCUGAAGUGGACUUGAAGUCUGCAACUGACAGUGCGGCUCGGAUUCUGAUGUGGACAGAACUCAUCCGAGGACUGGGCAUGACCCUAAGUUACCUCUUUCGGGAGCCUGCCACCAUCAACUACCCCUUUGAGAAGGGCCCACUGAGUCCGCGCUUCCGUGGGGAGCACGCACUGCGGCGCUACCCAUCCGGGGAGGAGCGUUGCAUUGCCUGCAAGCUCUGUGAGGCCAUCUGUCCCGCACAGGCCAUCACCAUUGAGGCUGAGCCAAGAGCUGAUGGCAGCCGCCGGACGACACGCUAUGACAUUGACAUGACCAAGUGUAUCUACUGCGGUUUCUGCCAGGAAGCCUGCCCUGUUGAUGCCAUUGUGGAGGGCCCCAACUUUGAGUUCUCUACCGAGACGCACGAGGAGUUGCUGUACAAUAAGGAGAAGCUACUCAACAACGGAGACAAGUGGGAAGCCGAGAUUGCUGCCAACAUCCAGGCUGACUACCUGUACCGGUGACCAAGCCACUGGUGACCUUGGCCACCUGGUUCAGCCUUGUGGCCCCUGUUGCUCAUAAAGAAACUAUGAUCUCACA